UAAAAUCUUUCCCUCUUGCGCAACUCUCACUUUCUCUCUCCUCCCUCUUCUUUCUUCCAACUAACACCUCUCUUUCUCUCUCCUCUCUCUGUUUUUUCUUUUGUGUAUUGAAAAACCACCAUGACAUCCUCUGUUAUGAGCUCACAAAGUGUCAUCUUGACCACCGCGAUGGCGGUUUCCGGCGCCGUAAUCUUCCUAUCUCUUACCUGUAUGAGGAAUUUACCAAUAAACCAUCAAAAUUCAGAUUCUAAACAACAAACCCAUCUUCCUAAUUCUUGUUUACGCUCUUGUUUAUCAUCUGAUGAUAAAAAUAAGAAAAGGAAGAAUAAAAGGGUGAAAUUUGCUGAUAAUGUUAAGGAUCAUAAGAGUGAAUUAACAAGAAUUAUUAGUGGGAAAAAGGAGAAGAAAGUUGAGAUUAUUGAUGAUAAAAAAAUCCCAGAAAUUCGUCGAAUGCCAGCGAAUCGAGCUGCUUUGUACCAAGGGAUUUUGAGGGAUCGAGUUCAUCAAGUUAAAUGUUCUUAUUAAUUUUAAUCCUAAUUUUAGUUUAAUUAACCCUUUUUUUUUUCCUUUUAUCUUUUUUUUUCUGGGAAGUGUUUGUGAGGUACAUAUACAGCAAAAGUAAACAGUUCAAGAUGAAAUUUGUACAGUUGAACUGUGAAUUGCAUCGUUUUAGUUUAUCCGUUUAAUUUCUCAUAAAAAAAAGUGUAUUUUCUAGAGAUUGAAAUUUGGCAGUAGAUUUACAGGUGUCUGUGAUUUUCUGCAUGCAAUGUUGUAAAAGGAGGUUGAAGAAUACAAUUUGAAUAUAGCUUCUUUACCACAUA